AUGGACCACGGCGACGGCACCGCCGCCGCCGACGACGUCGCCCUCACCACCCUCGCGACUUCCCUGCUGCCCAUCCUCGAGGCCUUCCACCGACGUCACCGCAACCAGCACGGCGCCUCGCACUGGUGGUCCUCCUUCCAGCUCGUCCGGCGCGGCGCCCGCUCCCUGGCCGCCGACCUGCGCGAUUCGCCGCCGACCGCCGCCGCCGCCGGCAAGUCCCAACCCAAGAGGACGAAGACGACCGAAAAGCGGGUGCGCCUGCGGCGGCAGCGGCGGCGGCAGUUUCUCGCGCGCGCUGCCCUGCUGCGCGACCACACCGUCCCCAAGGCGUACCUCUGCUUCUCCCAACUCAUCGCCGAUAACCAGCACGCCACCCUCGGGCUGCUUCUCCUCAGCGUCCUCGCCAGCCUAUCAUCCAUUCUCACCUCCAUAUCCCCGCCGCCGCCGCCGCCGCCGCAGGAAGCCCCCGACUAUACUACACACACCACCGGUUCCGCGGACGACUCCUCGACGCCUUGUCUCCGAGCAGCAGCAGGCCAGAAGAAGAAUAUCGAUGCUGACAGGGGCGUGGCCGUAUCGCGCGAGUCCGUCCCCGCCCGCGCCGCCGCCUCAUCCUCCUCCAAACAACCAUCCAAGACGUCUAGCCUGGACACGUAUGCCGUCGCGCCUACGAAUAGGGGAAAGAAGUGUCGAGCGUUGGGCGGCGGCUCGGACGGGGCAGAUGCCGAGCCGAACAAGAAGAAGACGAAGAAGUCAAAGAAGAAGGCCGGGGAUGAGCUGUCGAGCUUGUUCGGAUCGCUGUGA